CCACCACAUUUAUAAACAUGCGUUUAGAGUAUUUGGCUGAAAUUUCCACAUUAUGAGCCAUUUCGUCGAGCUAUGAUUUGUUAUAGCUAGGUCGCUUCUGAAAAAAGAGAUUCAUAUCUCAGCGGGCCUUACCUGGUAAAAUAAAAAUAAUUAAGAGUUAUAGUUUAAGAGGGAGCUCAUGAGAACAACUCAACAGGGUAUCUGGCCGAUACUCUUCCACGCUGGCCACGCGUCUCCGAAGCGAUGGGAGUAUCCGCACUUGACCCAAGCACACGCGGCCUGCUGAUUGACCAUCUGGUGUGUAGCCACACACACCGCGGCCUGCAAACAGGCGGGGAAGAUUGAAUCAACUUUCCCGUUCUUUGUGCUCGGAGAUCGAGUCGAACUGGCAACUUCUGGAUUGCAGAGUCCAGCGUGGUAACCAUUAUACCAUAGUUAACCGUUCCUUUUUGUUUGCCUUCCUCUUCUGUUGUAAGCAUUGUGUAAAAAGCAAAAAUCCGUGGGUGUCGCUAACCAGGGCUCGAGUUCUCAAUGACGGUCUCCCAGAGCCUCUCGCCACGGGCAUUCCGCGGAGGCACCCUGCGCUCGCCCUGGCAGCGCCUGCGCCUCCUGGGCGGCUGCGCGCUCGUGUCGUCCGUCUGCGGCGCCGCGCUCUUCUGCAGCCUCCGCUUCGGCUUCGGCUGCGCUCUCGCCACGUCGCUGCUCGUGGCCGGGCCGCUCGCCGCCGCUGCCGCCGUCCUCGCGUUCCUCUCCCGGCAGGCGCGGUGCCUGGCGGCGCUGCUCGUCCUCGCGAGCGGCGCCAAAGAGGCACGGGGCGCCCUCGCCUCGGCAGCCGUCGUCCUCGCGCUCACGCGCAGCCUGAGCAACGUGACGCGGAACCUCGACAUCCUCAUCGAGUGCUUCGAGUGCGUCGUCAAAGCCUCCCUGCAGGGCAUCAAAGAGUUCGUGUGCACCGUCAAAGAGGCCGUCGAUUUGCUCUAUGCCAUCACCAAAGAGAUCACGAGAGCGCUCAACGACGUUUUCGGGGGCAUGACGUUUAGCAAGAUUGGGGACGAGCGCUCCGUGGGAACCGUAGUCACAUGCAACGCGAGCCUGCAGGCCAUCGAGGGCAUCAGGAACUACACGGAGGGCAUCUUCGCGCGGCUCAACGGUGUCGCCGACGUGCUCUGUCAUCCGCUGUUCAACGCCGUCCUGGUCAUCCUCAACCUGCUGAUCAUGCUCAUCUUGGCAGGCCACUACUUCAGGCGCUACAGGCAGAAGCUCAGUUUUGACAACGUCUACAUCACCAACCAGUUCUGCAGCAUUGACAGGGAGCUGAGCCGGCGUGGGGAGGAACACGUGCUCCCAUUGCUGAAGGUCGAGCGGGAAAAAUUAGUCAUCCUCAGCUCCCUGGCGCUGUCAAGCGUGGAACGACGGGCGAUGGUGCGUUACGCCGUGCCAGUUAUUACCAACGGCCUGCUCUGUGCCGUGGCCAUUGUGGUGGACUACGGGGUCUUCCUGCUCGUCGAUGUCGUCUACAGGCACAUGGACAGCAUCGCACACGAGCACAUAUCAUUGGAUAUGAACGUCGAGGUCAAUUUAUUCAUGAUUGUGUUAUUCCCCGUGCUGAAGAGAAGCCAAUCGUUUCAGAACAACCUGUCGCUCAUUGCCGACAAGUGCUUCGACAAAAAUCGCCCUCCGACGCCUCCCGACAAGGGCACGAUCGUCAAGGUGUGCGUGCUCUUCGCUGCGCUCGCCCUCUUCUCGCUCUCGUCAGCCUUCAUCAACCGGCUGCGGCGCAAGGUCGUCAGUCUGUUCUACCCCGAGAGGGAGGUGCAGCGCAUCCUGUACCUCCACAAGAAGAUCUUGGACAAGCGCAGGAAACGGCCCAGGGAAACCAUCAAACUGCACAGGACCUUACUGCAAAGCAUAAUGAAACGUGGCAAGCGGGACACCUCGAAGAAACUUGAGCCACUUGGGAGUUUCUAAUCUCCUAUGUGCCUUCAUCAGUGGGAGACCGCAAUCACGUAAACACAUCUCUUACCUUGUCGAUAUGCCCAGAUUAUGUCCUGGGGCUGUCGAGCACAUUAUAAAUGAUCAUAGCUUUUCCCCAGCUGUCGGCAUCUCUCACGAUGUAACAAUGCAGAAGGUUCCUGCACACGAGAUGUUUUCAUCACUUCAUCAUCUCCACGAUGGGUGUCUGCUCGGGAAUGUUCCCUUCUGUUGGCUGCCAAUUCAUGAUUGACAUUCACCACCCAGCUCCUAAUAAUGAGUGAAGCGUCCAGCCCAAGACCACUUAACAGUUCAUAUCUUUGCUUCUUAAAAUGCAUGGUCUCGAAUCCAUUGACCCUUUUUCUGCCUCUCGGUGUAAUUCAAAGCACGCAAC